GUAUAAUUAUGUGAAUAUGAAUAUGAAUGCAGGUGUGAAUAUGAAUAUGAAUGCAGGUGUAAAUAUAGAUAUGAAUGCAGAUGUGAAUAUGAAUAUGAAUACAAGUGUGAAUGCAGAUAUGAAUGCAGGUGUGAAUGUGAAUAUAAAUACAAGUAUAAAUGCGGAUACGAAUGCAGGUGUGAAUGUGAAUAUGAAUUCAGGUGUGAAUAUGAAUAUGAAUGCAGAUGUGAAUAUAGAUAUGAAUGCAGAUGUGAAUACAAGUGUGAAUAUAGAUAUAAAUGCAGACCCACUAGUGCGUGUAAAAAGUGGAGCAAAAAUUUGUGUACAAGUUAAAUUAGUUAAACAUAAAAAAACUGCUAAGAAAUCUAGUAGUAAGGAAAACCAUGACUCUCAUGUUAUUCCUGUAUACAAAGUUAGGGCAAUUAGUAAAAAAAAGCACGAUCUUAGUCAAAACAUUAGCAACAAUAAUUUGAAUUAA